AUGGAUGACAGUUAUUGGAUCAACAAAAUUCAUAAUUCUCACUCAGGAGAGUCACUUGAUAAAUAUCAAGUACAAUAUCAAAUAUCUAAUUCGAACUUUAACAAUUAUUCAAAAAAUGCUGUACUUCACUCGUUUAUGUCGGCUUACAAUAAUCAUGAAGACAUAGUGCUCUCACCUGAUGAUUUAUGGUUAAUGAUUUCGAUUUAUUUUUCAAAAUAUGUCAACGAUAAUGCUGAUCAAUUACGCCAUUUAUUUGUUGAUCAUAAAGAAAAGAAAAAGUUAGUAGUUACAGAACCGCCGGGUAAACGAGAUGAAGAUUGGAUCGAUUUUUUUUGUAUGAUGAAAGAAGAAAUAUCAAAAAAUGUAAAAAGUGUUGAUAUUAUUGAUCACUUAUUAUUAAAUUUUUCAAAAACUACACAAAUUGAAUCAAUUUUGUCUUAUGCCCGUAUAAUGGAUACGUUUAAAGCUUAA